GCCAAGCAAGAUGGCGGCGGCUGUGGUGGCCGGAGGCGGCGGCGGCGGCGGCGGCGUCCGGGGCAGCCUCUCCAUGGCCCCCCUCGCGGCUGCUGCCCCCGCCACGCCGGCGCCGCCCCAGGAGCGCUUCUCGCUGGUGGUGGUCUUCGGCGCCGGGGGCGGCCGGCCGGGGCUGCGCAGGGCGGUGCUGGCGGCCGUCAGAGCCGGGAUCCGUUCUUGGGAUAUCGACCUGACCGCCUGCAACCUUGACCAGCAGCUCAAGCUCUUCGUCUCCCGCCACUCUGCGACCUUUUCGGACAUAGUGAAAGGCCAGCGUGCCCUCCACCACCGUGGCGAUGUGCUGGAAACCUUGGUGUUGCUGAACCCUUCAGACAAGUCCAUCUGUGACGAGCUCCGCAACCUGAUCACGGACCCUUCGCGCCACAAGCUGCUGAUCUUGGCCGGGCCCUGCAUUGAGGAGACGGGGGAGCUGGUGCUGCAGACAGGCUCCUUCUCCUGGCGAGACUUCAUCCAGGUCUUCGCGGACAAAGAGGUCGGGGAGCUGCUCAGCUCGGCAGACCCCUCGGCCAAGGCCAGCUUGACCGUGGUCAGCCCAGACUUUGGGGAGUGGAAGGACCCCCGCCUCCUCAGCCAGCACAACCUCCUGGACUUCAUCGACCUGCGCUUCAACCCCGGCUGCCUCUUGCCCCCGAUGGAGGGCCUGCAGGAGUUCACGGAGUACCUCGCGGAGUCCCUGGAGCCCCCCUCCCCCUUCGACCUCCUGGAGCCCCCCAGCACCGUCGGCUUCCUGAAGCUCUCCAGGCCCUGCUGCUACGUCUUCCCCGGCGGGCGGGGCGACUCGGCCUUCUUCGCGGUCAACGGCUUCAACCUCCUGGUCAACGGGGGCUCCAACCCGCGCUCCUCCUUCUGGAAACUGGUGCGCCACCUGGACCGCAUCGACUCCAUCCUGGUGACCCACGUGGGGACGGACAGCCUGCCCGGCGUGAACAGCCUGCUGCAGCGGAAGCUGGCCGAGCUGGAGGAGGACCCUUCCUGCUCCCAGGGCCCCCAGGGGGAGGACUGGGGGAGGAACCUCAUCUCCCCAGAGCUGGGCGUGGUCUUCCUCAACGCCUCGGAGAAGCUGAGGGACAUCGAGGGGGAUUCCGGCGUCCUGAAGAGCUGCGACGAGGCCCGCCUGACCCUGCAGUACCUGCACCGGCUGGGCAUCCGGCCCCAGCCGCUUUCCCGGGAAGCCGCUCCCAGGACGGAGCCCGCCAUCCUCUUUCAGAAGAUGGGCGUGGGGCGCCUGGAGAUGUACGUGCUGCACCCGGUGAAGGGCAGCCGGGAGCUGGACUUCCUCAUGCAGCAGUGGUGCGGGAACGGGCACCCCAAAGGGCUGGAGCUGCCCCUGCAGUGCCUCACCUCCAUCUGCGCCCUCCUCGUCUGGCAUCCGGUGAGCCCCAGCGACAAGAUCGUCCGGGUCCUCUUCCCGGGCUGCACUCCCCAGGCCAGGAUCCUGGAAGGGCUGGAGAAGGUCCGGCACCUGGAGUUCCUCAGGCACCCCGUGGUCACUCAGAAGGACCUGGACGCUGGCUCCUCUGCGCCCCGGGCCGGGCACCGGAGGGCCGAGAGCCAGGAGAGCCUCAAGUCCGGCUCUUGGCUCAGCCUGACGGAGUCCAAGGAGAAGAAGGAGCCGAAGCCGGCCGGGGCCCGGGACCGGCCCAGGGCGCCCAGCGUGGCCUCCAAGGGCAGCGUGGAGGAGGAGAGGGCCAGGGGCGCCCAGCUGAAGACGGAGCCCCCGGCGGAGAAGAGCAGGCCGGACGCGAGGCCCAAGCAGCCGAAGGAGAAGCCGUCGCUGGCCCGGAAAGAGGCGAGGAAGCCGCUGCCGAAGGAAGAGGCGCCUCAGGAGAAGGAGGCGGCCAGGAAGGAGGGGAGGCUGAGCAGGAGGGAGCCGGCCAAGAAGGAGGGGAAGCCAGAGAAGGCAGCCAAGCUGCCCCCAAGGGAGCUGCGGAGGAUGCCCAGCGCCGAGGUGAAAAGGCCUCCCGCCAAGACGGGCUCCUUCAAAAAGGCCGCCCCUGCCCCGAAGAAGGAGCCGGAGAGGCCCAAGAGCAAGGGGCCCUUGAAGGAGGCCCCCGGGAAGCCCCCCGGCGGCACCAGAGGCGGCCUCCCCUCCUCCCCCUCGGAGAAGGACGCGCAGGAGAAGCUGCCCGGGGGGCUCCGCCAGCUGGGGAGGGCAGGGCAGGCGCCUGGGGAGCCCGACGCCCUGGCCGAGAGGCAGCGGAGGCCCUCCCCCCUGGGCAGCCUGGAGUGCCAGGGGAAGGGCCCGGAGGCCCCCCAGAACGGCUUGGGCCCAGGGCGGGGCCCAGAGAGCCCCCAGCCUUUCCGGCACCUGGAAGCCGGCUCGCCUUUGAAGGGGAUUGGGCCCCCCUCCCCGCUGGCCAAGAGCAACCAGAGCCUCGACCUGGAGCUCUCCCCCACCGGCCUUCCGGCCCGGCUCCAGCCCUGCCCGGACGCGGAGGAGGCCGGGGGCAGCUCUGAAGAGAAGACCCUGGAGAUGAUGUCCCCGGCCAGUGCGGGGCGCACGCCCUCCCACCCCUCCCCCAUGGAGGAGGAGCCCGUGGCCCUCCCCCAGCCCUGGAGGCCCGAUGGCGCCGGCCCCCAAGCCUCCCGCGACAACUCCAGCUCUUCCCAGGAGAAGCCCCCCGGCUGCCUCUCCCCCGGCCUCUUUCGGGACGACCUCCAUGACGUCUCCCCCACGCUCACCACCCCGUCGCUGCCGGCCGAAGUGGGGUCCCCGCACUCCACGGAGGUGGACGAGUCGCUCUCCAUCUCCUUCGAGCUGCUCCUGCCGCCCGUCAGCGAGUUCCCCCAGGAGGAAGGAGAGGGCCUGCAGGGCGGGGGGCUCACCCCAGACCCCGAGCCGGCGCUAGGGAAGAGCGGGAUGUCCCUGCCCAUCCUCUCCUGCCACCCCCAGCGCCUGGAGGGCCGUGUCCUGCCCAGGUCCGGCCAGCGGUCGGAUUCCCCUCAUGACGUGGACCUCUGCCUGGUGUCCCCCUGUGAGUUUGAGCACCCCAAGUCAGACAGGUCCCCCUCGGCCAACCUCAGCCCCCGGGACGUGUCCAACAGCAGUGACUUCUCCCAGGAAAUGACCAAGCCCCUGUCGCACAGGAAGGGGCCCCGAGCCCGCCGGUCCCACCCUCUGCUGGACGAGACCCCACCCACAUCAUUCAGCGAAUCGCUCCCCACCCUCUCCGACUCGGACGCCCCGCCUGCCAUGGAAGAGUGUCCUUCUCUCACGGCCGAUGGAGCCCUGGACUCGGACGACGACGACCCGGAGAGCCUCGCCCAGGCCCGCGACCCACUCCCGGCCCUCCUGAAAGACCCCUGCCCCCUCCCUGCCCAGCCGGGCAUCUGCAUGGUGGACCCUGAGAGAGAGGGGGCCGCCAAAGCCAAGCGGGCCUCAUUGCGGGGGUCUUCGGCCCCUCCCAAAGCAGACGCCCUCAAGGCCGCCGCUCCCAGUGCCCGGGCGAAGCCUUCCUCGGCCGGCGUGGGGGAGAGAGCCCGGCUGCCGGUCCCCGGCCGAAGCGACCCCCCGGCCUCUCGUGCCAGCGGGGACAACCGCUUGGCCUUCGCCCAGCGGAACGCCAGCGCCCGGCCUCUCCCGGGGGGAGGAAGAGCCGCCUCGGCAGGGGCCCGGCCCGGCCUGCCGCGAGGCCCGGUGUACCUGGAGCUGGCCUACCUGCCCGGCUCGGCCAGCGCCCAGAAGGUGGACGAGGACUUCUUCCGCUGCGUCCGCUCCCAGUGCUACGUCAUCAGCGGGGAGGACCACCUGAAGGAGAGUGUCCUGCGGGGCAUCCUGGACGCCCUGCUCUCGGGCAAGCAGCACUGGGCCCACGACACCCAGGUCACCCUCAUCCCCACCUUCGACUCGCUGGUCAUGCACGAGUGGUACACGGAGACGCUGGAGCGGCAGCAGGAGCUGGGCGUGACCGUCCUGGGCAGCAACAGCACCGUCGCCAUGCAGGACGAGACCUUCCCGGCCUGCAAAGUGGAGUUCUGAGCGGGGGGGGGCGGGGGGGCUGCUCCCCUCCCCCCUCCAAGGGCCGGCGGGUCCCGGAAGGAGCGGCGCCUCCUUCCAAAGCUGUGCUUCAUGCCAAAAGAGCCCCUGGGCUUUGGGGGGGGGUGCGGAGGGGGGGCACCAGCAGCACUUGGCCUGACCCAGGGGGAGUCGCACCCCUCCCCCCCCACUCCCAAUUUGUCCGGUUUGUUUGCAUGUUCACCACACAGCUUCACCCCAGCCCACCCAGGGAGGGAGGGAGGGGGAGGGUCCAGGAGGGGCCCACCGUGGCUGCCCCCCCCCACAGGGCACAU